CUAUUCAGCAAUGUGUCAAGCGUCAAGCUGCGACAGAGCGGCAAGCGGAGAAAACAACGUUCAAAACGAAACGAUUCCAGCAAAUUCUACCAUAUCACAGAGCAUUUUGACUAAUUCAACCUUGAAAGAACAGGAAAAUCUGAGUAUUAUUCGUGGAUAGCGCUUUGAUACGUUUACGGCGAACGAGAAAACUUCAUUUCAUUUUUCUGUUGUGAAACAAUUUAAAAAUGUCCAGCACUUCUCAGAAACAUAGAAAUUUCGUAGCUGAGCCUAUGGGAGAAAAACCAGUAACGGAUCUAGCUGGCGUGGGAGAUGUGCUGGGGAAGCGUUUAGAUGCUGCUGGAUUUGAUAAAGCCUAUACAGUGCUGGGUCAAUAUCUGUUGCUGAAAAAAGAUGCCGAACUUUUUAAGGAAUGGAUGAAAGAUACCUGUGCUGCCAAUUCCAAACAGGCCGCUGAUUGUUACCAAUGUCUCAAUGACUGGUGCGAGGAGUUCUUGUAAAAUUUCCCUAUCCCUAUCAUUAAGCUUUAUUUGACUUGAAAACUGUGUCGCUUUUAUUCUCUAACCUAUAAGCAAUUGGCUAUUUUAAUGAACAUUUAUGAAGGACGUAGAUUGUAACAUAAUCUGUAUGUGUCGUAAUAAUACUUGUUACUAUUUUGACUAUGAA